ACGACCAAGUCUCCCGCGGAGACUCUCUCGUGCACAUUUGGCUCGUGAAUGACGCGGCGGGAUGCCUACAUCGUUAUUUCGACCCUUUAUGUCGAGAAAUAAUUACAACAAAGACGUCGCACGAGCGUGAUCGGAGAGGAUUCCACGAAUUCGCUCGACGUCGUUCCGAGACAAUCGAUACCGCCCUCCGGAUUUACUAUUGGCGUGUCCGCGUUCCUUGGCGACGAUAUUGCUUUGUCGGCUUAUUCGACUCGCCGGUGAUUCGCGUUGAACGCCAACGGAUUAACGUAAUUUUGAUUGAAAAAAAAAAAAAAAAAAAAAGAAUCCGAGCGUUCCGAAAGCUUCGAUUUGUGGCGACUCUCUGAGAGCGUUUAGAUUAAAGGCAACAUUUGUCUCGCCCUUCCUCGAAACUGCAUCGUGAAACGGCUCGGAAAAUGUGGCAUUCAGCUGUGUGAACGUUACAGAAAUAUACAACCGGCUUUUAGGCAAUUUAUAGUCUGCAUGGGUCUCGGCACCUGCCGCGGCAGAUGUUAAGAAUGGUCAGGGUUGUAAGAAAGCGAUGGGUAGUUUUAAAAUCGCGCGUAAAUUAUCGUAUAAGAAUCCAAGAAUUUUGGUAUCGGCGAGAGCCGGCGAUUUCCUUUUCUUUAAUCGAUAUCAAAAACGCAAUGUUUAACAAUGGAAGGUUUAAAAUAAACAGUGACGACGCCAAAUCAACAGUUAUAGAAUUAUUUCCAUGGCUCUCAGAAUUUAAGAAAAUGUGUAAAUGUAAAUACGCAGACAAAAGUAUGGCUUCUUUGGCAGAGCUUAUGCAGUACUAUAUCAGAAAUGUAAAUAUCAGUGUGAAAGAAUGUUAUACAAAGCCUUUAAAAGCAGCACAGCUGAAGGAAUCUAUUAGUGAAACCUUAUUUUUGUUCUUAUAUAUCUAUCGCGAGCUUUCUGAGGACCGUAAUAGAUCUAUUUACUUAAAUAAUAUGUCCGAUUUAUUGGCAUUGUACAUAGAUAUGGAAUUAAAAGCUUCAAAAAAAAGUAAAGAAGAUCAUAGUAGAAUUUGUACAAGACUUAUUUCUUGUCUUUAUAUAUAUCUAGAACAUUCUAUCGAGCAUUUGUUGGAUACUUUGUUAAAAAUACAACUUAUGUCCCAGAAUUAUCAUCGUAUUUUAGAUCCGAUAAUAAAAAAAGUAACUAAUAAAAUUCCAGUGCAUCCUGAAUCAACUAUUAUGUACAGUCGUUACUUUCUUAUUUAUUAUCUUUGGAAAUCGGUAAAUAAGGAAAAGAAAAGUCAAAUUAUUACAACCGCAAUUGCCUCUCUGGGAGCACCACCAGCUGCUUUCCCACCGUGCAUGUUAGAAGAUGUAUUACCAAAAGUGCCAAAGUGUCAACCAAAUCCAGCAAAAUACCUAAUGAACCAGAAAUUGGAGAUAAGAAAAUGCUGCGAAUUAUUUACACAAUUCUGUAGAGAAACCAGAGAAGAUACAUGGCAGAAAAAAAGUGAAAAUGCAACUACUGUUUCAAAUUUACUCAAGAAGACUACUUCGAAACUGCUGGAAGUUGUUGCAUCACACGAAAAUAUGGAUUGUAUAAAAAAUAAGUCUAAUCUAACUUUCUCAGAUAAAAAUGCGCAAAAUAAUUCUGUUUCAUUAGAGAAUUUAAAAUCUUCAAAUUUAACAGAACAAACAAAUGUUAAACCUUUAGGCACAAUUUCUACAAAUAUUUCUGUAGCACGGACUAUUUUUAAGCAGAGAAAACCAAAAGUGCUUCCACGAAAGAAGGCUAAAAAAUCCAAUAAAAUUAUAACAAUAAUUGAUCUUACAACUGAUACUGAUACUACUACUUUCGAACGAUAUAAAGAAGAACGUAUAAAGAAGAGGGACUCGAGGAAACUUGACUGGCUUGAAGAAGCUAAGAGAAAACUCGACGCAAAAGCGAUAAGGGCAUCACAGAAGAAACAACAGAUGGCAGAGAAUGUUACCUCCUUGAAGAAAACGAUUCUUGAUCGACAAUUGGAAGAUUUUCUUCGAUCCAUACAUGCCACAGAAAAUACAUGUUUAAAGAAUAAUUUGAAUGCAUCUGCAGCAUGCGACAUAAAGUUAGAAGAUAAUAAAACUAAAUCCAUGCAACAUUUUGAAACAGAAGGUAAAAGUACAUUAAUUAACAGUAACAUGUUAUCUACAAAACAAUCAGUGGAUAUGAACAGCAGUGACAAAGAUAAAAUUGUUGAGAUACCUCGAACAAUCUCUUCUGUAAUAGUUGAUAGUCCACAGUCUAAUAAAUCUAAAGCUUCUACAAAAUUGUUAUUGGAUGCUACAAACGACACUAACAACAUUAGCAAAUGCCAUGAUGUUAAUACUUCCUCGGAGGCAAAAAAUGAUGAAAAAAUAAACAAUAGACAUAAUGCACAGACUGUGAUUAAACGACUGCUAGAAGAAGAUAUUCCGCCUGAAAGUGAAACAUGUAAACAAGUUAAAAGUUUAAGGAAAAUCUGUGAUUUAGGAACAGAACACUCUAAAACUGUAAAUAUUCCUUCCGCGAUAUGUACUCAAGAUUCCAAAGAUGAAGAUGUUGGUUCUAAUCAUAAUACUAAUUAUUUUAGUACAACUAAAGAUAAAUCCUUGUAUGCAAUUUCGUCUUUAGAACAUACACGUUAUACAAAUAAUGAAAAGAAUGAAACAAUUGACAAAACAGUAGAGGAUAUGACUAACAAUGAAAAAUCUGUGCAAGAACAUGUUCAUAAAUUAAUGAUUAAUGAUAAAACGCAAUGUUUGAAAUCAACUGCACUCAAUAAUGAGUUAAAUAACGAUAACUUCAGAAUUACGAAAACAGAAUUUGCAACAGUAAUUGGAAUUUUUGGUACAACAAUGAUAAGUAAUACAGAUGUAUCAAUAAGUGAUGCAAUAGAAUCUGAACGAUUAGAACAACUACGCAUCACUGGAAAUAUAAAACAACCAAAGGAGCCUGAAUCUCAGGAUGAAUAUGUAUCAGCAAGACACGAUAUUGCAAAUAAUACUAUAAGUCUUAGUAUAACAGAUGGAGACCAUUCUAAUGUACAAACAGAUUUAGAAGUUGGUACUUGCAUCAAAGUAAGCGACAACAUAAGAAAUAGCAAAGUCUCUAAUCACAAAAUCAGAGAAACUAUUUUUGAAAAUUGCACAGCUGAUAAGAAAAAUAUUUCUAAUAUCUUCGAUACGUCACUGUGUUCAAAAGAAGAUGAAGUCAAUGAUGAAAAGAAGAUCGACCUGAAAAUCGGUCAUAAAAAUGGUGCAGAACUCGAAUCCAAAAAUUACGAUAAUGUAGAGGAAUUUAAAAAAUCUUCUGUACUGCAUACAAAAAUUGAUGAGAAAGAUAUUCAUAAUUUUGACCAAACACAUGAUAAAUUAUUGAAGAAACUCUAUAAGAUAUCUCACACGAAUAGUAUUCAAGAUUCUUCGGAAGAUAAAUGCGUCAUUCAAGAUUCAGAAUUACAGGAUAAUAUAGACGGUCUUUCGUUAUUAGCCAAUGUUAUCGCAAGUCAACAUGUAUCUCAUUUAAAAACUGAGCGUGAAUUACAAUGCGAACAAAUCAAAGUCAAGGAUUACGCAUCGUUAAGAAAUUCUUAUAAUCAAACUACUGAAGAUGAAGUCAACACCAACAACUCGCCGAAUACAGCUUCUCAGAUUGUAGAAAAUCCAACUGCUGACGUUAUCAAUAGAAUAGUUGGAAUUUAUCCAGAGGAUAACGCGUUGGAUAAAGUAGCGCUUCACGUUGAAGUGACAUCGACAACUGAUACGCAUCCCAAUGAUCGCGAAAACGAUUCCAGCAAUAGCGUUCCGCAUAUCGUUGAAACCACAAUAAAUUAUAAUGAAACGGAUACGUUGUCUAACAACUUAAACAUGGUAGAGAACAAUGUGCAGUCGAUAAAGGAAAAUACGAACGUCAUAUUAAAUGGGGAAACAGUCGUGCUUUUACAAAAGUCUCCCAAUAGCAAUUUGUACAUCAUCAAUAAAGCAGUGGAAAAUGCACGAGAUCACAACAGCGAUGAUGAGAAUUGUGCAUCGUUCGAAGUCGUUAAUAUGUCGGAGCAUAUUUCUUUUAAUUUGGAUUUGCCGCAAUACGGCAAAGAAUUAUCAUGUCAAGAAAAUAAAUUUUCUGUCGGCAGGAACAAGGGUAUAAAAAUCGAACCCGAGGAGGAAAGCAGCUUAAUGAGUAUCACAGAGAUGAAGUCUUACGGUAAAAAAGGUCCAUUGUCGGCCGACGUGACGUUACCCGCGACAUCACAGAUUUAUCAAGACACGAAUAUUGCGAAUGUGAGCAUCAGUAAGUCGAUUGAUAAACGAAAAUCCAAAUCCAUCCUUACUUACAGGCAGAACAUUAAGCAAGAGUUUAGUAAUCAUAUUCCGCCAACUUGCGGAAUACAAGGAUGCAACGGGAUACACACGCAUCCGCACGAAGUGAUCGAUCCGCAGCAUUCGUUACAUAUUCCAGUCACUCAUCCCACGACGAUACCCUCGAUUUAUGGGAAUUGCGCUGCCGGUACAGAACUGUGUAUGCCGUAUCACAAGCAUUGCACUUCCGUGUCGUGUAGUCUACAAAUUAAUUCCACUACUUCGCUCCAUUCCCACACAAAAUCCGCCAAUUCAUGUGGUAGAUCGCAUUGCUCAUGCAAUUGUACGUACGAUAUAGUCACACAUUGCAGACAGUGUAUACACCCUGCCACAGAUUCCCAUGUGUCUUGCAUUGAAAGUAAUUCUUAUUUUUUGCCCGCGCAUUCGUCAGUACAAACAUCCGCCGUCCAAGAGCACGAUAGGACAAAAAGCGAAGCGGUAAUAAGUAAAUUAUACGACGAUCAAAUACUGCGUAAAAUAGAGUUGGAGAAACUGGACGUGCAAAGAGAACCGGAUAAGUUAUUUAAGAACGAUAUGGAGAACAAGUUGCCGCUGAAGAAGAGAUUGAAGGCUCAGGCCAUGAUGUCCAUGGUGUAUGAGAAGGUACCCAUCAAAGCGGAAAAAUUGGAUAACUAUCCUGGAAUUCCCAUGAUGUCCAUAGCAGCCUUAGAACUAGAUAGUACACAGAAGCAUCCCACACAAAUAAUUAAAUCAUCCUACGAAUUAUCCCCCAAUGAAGAGGAGGAUAAUCCACAUGGCAGCUAUCAUUUCAAUUCGAAUAUAGUGCGAAGGGAUUACUGCAAAGAUAUCCAUAUUUCUAAUGCACAUCACAAUCUUACGAAAGAAAGUACAAGAAGUCACGAGCGCCAGUUUCGACCAAACGGUGAUCCGGCUAACGCAGUGUGCCUAGAGCGUUGCCAAGAUAGAACGUUUAAAGCACCUGCACAGCAUAGAGACAUAACAGCAACGAAUCCGACAUCUCUCAAACGUAUAACGACCGAGGCAAUGGAGGAGCAGGAUAACACGUAUAAGAAGGCGAAAAAAAUGCAGUCAUCUAAUAUACAAACGAGAAGCUCAAAGAGAAACGUUCCUAAGGUAAAUUAUUGUUACACCGAUGAUCCAGAAUGGAAUCCGUCCGGUGAGUCAAAACGAAGGCGCAAGAAAACUAGUCGAUGAUCAAUACUAUUUCAUUAUGAAAAGUCACUGCUGUAAAAAGAAAACCUGUACAGAGUGGAUAAAUGUGUUCUUCAAGCUGUGUGGCAAUGUAAAUUUUUGUAAAUAUAUGUACAAAGCAGAAGUGGAAAAAAUAACUCGUCCUAGGAAGACUUUUAGAGAUAGACCGUUCAGCGUGUUCAAGAUUAGUAUCAAUGAAGGGAUGAUAGACUAGUUACAUAAAAGAUUCUUGCAUAAAAUAUUUUUGAUGUUUAGUUAGAUAUCGCUAGAAGCAAGUUGUAGAGAAUUUUAUUCCGUUCAACGUCAUCUCUACCUUGCAAUACACUAUAAAGUUUUGUAAGAUAAUAUUUCUAUUUUAGUUAACAUUUAUAAUUAAUAUUUUAAUUCUAAUGUUUUCCUAUUGUCAUGUGGUUGCGCAGCAACAUCUGCCGUAAAAAAAAACUAUAAUUUUUUUAAUCAUAAAAUUUUUAAAUUUCUAUAAA